AUGCAAACAUUGAGAUUUUUACCGUGGAUUCGACGAUCGUAUGUAAAUCUACAUGUAAAUCGAUUUGUAUCAAACAUAACAAAACCAAACAAAGAAAUAAUCGAACAAGUCCGUCCCACAUCCGAAGAAUCUAUAAUUACACGUAAAGAUCGUCCACGUUUAGAAGAAGAAGGUUUAGAAUAUGAAUAUAAAGAUGAAUUAGAUGCUUUACGUCGUAAAGAACGUUUAACAGUUGAUUCAACAAAUACACAAUAUAUGACUAUUGUAUUUAAUGGAGAAUUUGAUCGGGAUAUAUUAACUUAUCCAGAAUUAUUAACUAAGGGUGAAUCAACUCAAAUGAAUACAUUAUGUGAACGUUUAAAAAAAUUUACUGAUUCAAUUGAUCGAAAUAAAAUCGAAAGAGAUAAUCAUAUUGAUAAAGAUAUUUAUAAAGAAAUGUGUAAAUUAAAAUUACAUGGAUUAAUUAUACCGGAAGAAUUCAAUGGUCUUAGUUUAAAUAGUCAAUUAUCUGUACGUAUGUUUGAAGAAUUAGCUGUUAGUCCAACUAUUACUACUCAAUUAUUAGCACAUACAGAAUACGGAGUUAGAAGUUUACUUGUCUAUGGUACAGAUGAACAACAACGUUAUUAUUUACCUGAAAUGGCUACAGGUAAUAUGAUAGCAACAGCUUGUAUAACAGAAGCACAUAGUGGUAGUGAUAUACGAAAUAUUGAAACGACAGCAACCGUAAGUAAUACAGAUCCAAAUACAUAUAUUAUUAAUGGAAAAAAAAUGUGGGUUACAAAUGGACUUAAUGCUAAUGUAUUUCUUGUUUAUUGUAAAACAAAAGAACGUCAUACAUCAGAUGAUUAUGAUGAUCGUUUUUCAUUUUUUCUUGUUCAUCGUGAUAUGCCUGGUGUUAAUAUAUCACCACCAAUAUCAACACUUGGUUUACGUGGUCUUGGUUUAACACAUAUUGAAUUUAAAGAUGUUAAAGUUAAUGUUGCACAUCAUUCAAUAGGACAACUUGGUGAAGGAUUAAACAUAUUAAGAAAUUUACAUGGUUAUGUACGAACAACUCUCUCAGGCAUGUGUGUUGGUGUUGGUAAACGUCUAAUUCAAUUAGCAUCUGAACGAGCAAUUCAACGUGAAUCUUUUAGUCGUAGAUUAAUGGAUCAAGGUUUAAUUCAAAAACGUCUAUUUCAUAUGGAAAUUGACACAUAUACAAUGGAAUCAAUGACAUAUUUAACAAGUGGUAUACUUGAUUCAUUUUCAAUGCCUGUUAUAUCAAUUGAAUCAGCAUUAACAAAAAUCUUUGCUACAGAUCGUUUAUAUCGUUUAGCAAAUGAUUGUCUUGAAAUAUUUGGUGUUGAAGGCAUUGAGAUUGGUCAUCCAGUUGAACAAUAUCUUCGUGAUAUACGUCCAUGGUCAAUGUUUGAUGUACCAAAUGAUGUUUUACGUCUAUUAACAGCAUGGGAAGGUGUGAUGAGUGUUAGUACAGUUAUUCAUGAUUUUGUACGAAAAAUUCGAAAUCCAAUUCAUUUUCCUGGAACUAAAUUACGACAUUUAUUAACUAGUUGGACUACACAAGCACAAGCAAUGCGUGCGCCAUUUACCUUUAAACAUGAUCUAUGGGAAAAAGUUCAUCCAUCUUUAGGUAUUCCAGCAAAAGAUUUAGAAUAUGCUAUAUUUGUUUUACGAAAUGUAACUAAAGAAACAUUAACAAAAUCUGGUCGUGAUAUAAUUGAUAAUCAAUUAUAUUUAAGACGUCUAUCUGAAAUAGUUAUGGAAAUUUUUGCAAUGACAGCAAUGUUAGGUCGUUCAUCGCGUGCAUAUUCAAUUGGUUUAAAAAAUUGUGAACAUGAAACUGAAAUGACUUUUCUUUAUUGUAAACAUGCACGUUUAAGAAUUGAUAGAUUUGCUAAAGAAGUUCAUGAACAUGGUUAUCGAACAGGUGAUGAACAUUUACAACAUUUAGCUAAACGAAUGCUCAUAGCCAAAGGUUAUCCAAUAACAACACCAUUAGAACGAACAUAUUAA